AUGAACAAGCUCCUCUACAUCAGCGUUUUUGUGCUCGCUCUCUGCGCUAUCGUGGUCACCGCCACUUCCUCGGAGGAGGAGAAGUUCACCCUCGAGCAGCUUCUCGCCCAGCCGCAGACCCUAGACAAGGCCAAGCUCACCGCCUUCUCCUACACGAACUGCGGCUCGGAGAGCGAUCCCUCGAAGCUGACGCAGCUCAACAUCUCGCCCGACCCCAUCAUGGUCGGCCAAGCCGUGAACAUCACCGCCAAGGGCUUCCUCAGCGCCAACAUCAGCAGCGGCGAGGGCUACACCAUGUCGCUCGAAAUCUACAAGAAAGUGUUCGGCGUUCCUAUUUACGUUCCCUGCGUAUCCAACGUCGGCAGCUGCACCUACGACCUGUGCGGCAUCCUGCCCCCGACCGCCAACUGCCCCCUCCAGCCCUGGGGAGUGCCCUGCUCCUGCCCUCUGGCUGCCGGCUCCUACCAGGUCCCGGUCCCCGGCUUUUCCUUCCCGUUCCCCAACCUCGGCAUCUCGUGGCUCCUCGACGGCGAAAUCCUUGUUAGCGUCACGCUCGCCGACAAGUCCGGCAGCCGCCUGGCCUGCUACAAGAUCGACGCCACCAUCUCGUCGUAA